UUAACAUUUUAUGCAACGUCUCAUCUCUCUUCAAAUCAGAGCAAAUUAAUGCCAAACUAUCAGGUCGUGCGCUGUGCCAGCGAUUGCUGCGCAAAAUUCCAAAGUCAGCAAGAAAAGAAAUCGGGGAAAUGGGCGUGCGUGGUAUGUGGGCUGAAGCAGAGUCGCAAGCAAGUGUUCUUCGAAUCGACGGCGCCCAAGGACUGCCGUGCCGCUGUCAUGGAAUUCAACAUGAAUCGGGGUGUUGCGCAGGAAACCAAGAAUUAUGCCAUGUCUAUUGCACUCACCCAGUUACAGCAGCAGCAGCAAGCCAUUGCGCGAUCACCCUCAGACAGCACAACCAGAUCACCACACACACAGAAACCAGUUGACAGGGGCAUAGGUUCAUCAGUGUCCAAAUGGGCCGAUUACAUCGACAGCGACAGCAGCGAUCUCGAGGAUAAUGAUUAUAGUGGUAAUAGGAGCAAUGGCCAGGACCCUCAGCGCGGAGUUGACAAGGGGAAUCGUAUUGUCGUUGGGCGAGUCCAGCAAGAUCGGGAUGCGACUGAAAACUUACUAAGCAAAACUCGCAAGCCAAGCAUCCUACCUACCUCCAAGGCUGCCCAGUCUGUAUCUAAACCAAAAUCCAUAUCAGAAGGGUCGGGGCGGUACGCACCAUACAACAAGGCACCGCGCGCUAUUCCAUCUGCAAAGUCAGUGCAGGUCGGCGCACCAGCACUCAUCCAGGAUCUGUCAGUGCUGUCCCAAAAGAACACAAAUGCAAGCACCAUUCAAAUUCAAAAUGCACCAACCGCUGUCAACAGUACAGUGGUUGCGGCAGCGCAGCCAAAGGAGCCACAUAAUGCAAGAGAGUCAAAGUGGAGCGAAUUUGACAGCGGUUCUGAUUCGGACAGCGACGAAAACUAA